ACACUCGCGACCCAUUGGCUGUGGGGGGAGCUUCCCAUGAAGCGUGACAAAUCAGUGCAUCAGCGCAGUGAGACCCCAAUUCGUAUCAUUCGUAUUUGGAAUAUUGAUUCUCCAUACCUAGUAGUAGUGACUGGUCAAUCCGGCUGAAAAGUUGCCAAGUGACGCAAGUGAACCCCCUCCAAAGUCUCGCAACCCCGCCAUGUCGUCAAUGAGUUGAUGAUCUGCCGAGAAACACCCAAACACGAGAGCUGCUUGCUCCCUAUAAGUACUCGACGACCUCGCUAGUCGUCUCAAAGGUCCUCAUUGAGAACCUUGCUCGCCUACCAAUUACUGAAUCCCUCCACAUCCUCCCAAAAUGCCUUUGACCGGUCACUGUCUGUGCAACGCCGUCACCUACACCAUCGAGGUGGAGGAGCCCGCCCUGGUCGGGUACGACCACUGCGACGAUUGCCAGCGGCAAAGCGGCUCCACCUACUCGCUGGUCGCCGUGGUGCCCAAGGACAAGCUCACGAUCAACGGGCCGACCAAGAGCUGGGCGGGGCUGGGGUCGUCGGGUAAAGCCGUGCACCGCAUCUUCUGCUCGGAGUGCGGCUCGCCCAUCGCCCAUGACCCGGAUGCCGCCCCGGAGAUCAUCGCCAUCAAGGCGGGCACGCUGGACACGGAGAUCAAGAAGAAGCUCAAGCCGGACACCGAGAUCUGGACGGUCAGCAAGCUGCCUUUCUGCCAGGAGCACUUGGCCAAGCCGUUCAAGCACAUGCCGGAGUAGUGGAUCGAUGCGUGAUGUCUGCGGAUGGGAAAAGUGAACGGAGAUGUUACCAGAAUGUUGGCCGAUGGCCAUGUAGCUAUGCCCGGCACAGAAAUGAUAAUUACUAUGUGCUGUAAUAUGGAAUAUGGGUGCAUUCUUCCACAGCUC